AUGAAAUCUGCAUUAAACAAACGAUGGAAGAAAAAACAAAAGAAAAUUUAUCAGAAAUACGCAAAAAGUUCUUUCGGAAAAUUAGGAAGAAAGCGGAAUAGCGUGGGAAAAUAUUUUAUUCUUUUAAAUGGAAGGAAAACCAAAUACGCAGCUUUGUUAACAUUUCUUGGAGACAAUAAGUAUAUAACCGAAGAAGCAGUAACUCUCAGUGAUGAAAUCAUAAGGCGCACAAAGAAGAGGUUCUUGAUCUUACCUCAUCGAAAACGCUUUCUGAAAAAGUUUGAGGUUAUAGUGACUCAAAGUUUCAAACAAGGCUAUGAAAAACUUUGUUCUGAAGUCUCACAGAAAGUCAAAGUAACACCAAUAAAAAUAUUUAGCUGCCAAAUUUGUAAUCAUAAAUUCACAAGUAAGGAUUUAUAUGAUAAACAUUUAGAAUCUCACAACAAUACAAAUAAGGAAAAUGAUUCAGCAUCUGAUGGAGAGCUGGUUAUUGAUGACGACGUAAUAUUUCUGAUUGAUGAGGACUCCGGGAAUAAUGAUCAAAACUCAAAUGAAGAGACGCUUCGCUUGUUAAAAGUUGAGCCUACAGUGGGUGAGUUUUAUUGCACAAAGGAUGGCUGUCAAUUAAAAUUUACAAACGAGGAGGAUCUCGUUUCUCAUAAUGGAUUUUAUCAUAAGCCCAAAGAAAAACCAUUUUCCUGCAAAUUAUGCUCAAUUCGUUUCUCUAGAGAAUCAGGACUUCUGGCUCAUCAAAAAAUUAGUCAUCCUGUUGAGGUUAAAUUACCGAAUGAAAAAAUUCCAAUUCGCCGCCGUGAAUCCAUGUUUGUUCCUGGAACUUCAAAUAAUGGUUACAACUCUAAAUUAAAUUCAACAGCACUUUUUCCAGGACCUUCUCGUCGUCAAUCAGUGUUUGUUAGUAAGGCUCCUUUGAAUGUGAGGAAAGUUGAUCCACCACGACGGAAUUCGACGGCAAAUCAACAAACAAAUGGUAACGCCAGCACAAAGAGAAAUAUAAAGUUCCAAAGUUUCCACUCACCUGAUAAAACAACAUUCGACUGCAGUGUUUGUUCGGCAAAGUUCAUAAAGCGUAAUUUCCUGGAUCGUCAUAUGUCAAUUUUUCAUGUUGCAAAGAAGUACAUUUGUUAUCAUUGUAACAUUCCAUUUGCUUUACAGUUAUUACUGGCACAUUUCAAAAAAUAUCUUUCCAAUAAUACACAAGAUUUUGGAUAUAAGAAAACAAUGAAAAACUUGGAAGAUGUAGCAGCAUAUCAAUGCGCAUUUUGUAGAUAUUUUUCAAACGAUCGAAAGCUUACUGAAGAUCAUAUGAAAAAUGAACAUUACGAAGAGUAUGAGAAAAGAAGUGAUUCAAGUGGAGAUGAUAAGAAUGAUUCACCGGAUUCUCUGGAUUGUCUACUGCCUAAGGCGUCUUCAUCCUCUUCGGAAAAGGAAGGAAACAAUAUUGAAAUUCCAGAAAAAACAGAGCAGAUGACAUCAUUACACUAUCGUUGUGCAAGAUGCUUUCAAAGUUUCUCCAAUAGCCAAAACCUAAAAGAGCAUUCAUGCAAAAGAUAUGAACAGGACCAUUAUAAUUUGGCUUCGAGGAAUGAGAAUGAUGAUUCAUCUGAAAAAAAUCAAAAUGAGGAUGCUCAUCAAAGUAACAACCGACUGACUAUCAAAUCACAGAUGGUGAAUGGAUUCUUUAAUUGUAUAUUUUGUCCAAAAAUUUUCACGGAUAAAACAAUGUGUGCUGAUCAUCUUUUAUCUGCUCAUUCAUCUCACGGAACCUUUCAUUGA